AUGCCUCCUAUCAGUCCAAAGAAAUCGUCCAGUUCUCCUAAGCAUGAUGCUGGUUCUGUCACUGUCACCACAGACCCUACCUUGAAUCCUUCCGGUCCUUAUUUUAUUCACCCAAGUGAGGGUCCUUCUUCUGUCUCCAUUACGCCGGUUCUUGACGGGACCAACUACCAUUCCUGGUCCAAAGCUUUCCGUAUGGCUCUUAUUUCUAAGAACAAAAUGGCUUUCCUAUUAGGCGCUCUCCCUGUUCCUCUUGUUGCUGACCCAUUUCACUCUGCUUGGGAUAGAUGCAACACUCUCAUUAUGUCAUGGAUCCUCAACUCUAUUUCUCCUUCCAUUGCUCAAAGUGUGAUAUUUCUUGAGUGUGCCGUCGACAUUUGGGACGACCUUCGUGAACGUUUUUCACAAGGUGAUCUUAUUUGUAUUCCAGAGCUCCAGGAUGAAAUUUACAGCAUUUCUCAAAACAAUCGCACUGUCUCUGAGUUUUAUACUGUGCUGAAAACCAUGUGGGAGGAGCUUGACAGCUAUCGUCCCUUUCCGAUUCUUCUCAUGGAUCCGCUUCCGGCCAUCAACCGUGUCUUCUCGAUGGUGGUUCAGCAGGAACGACAACUUCGCGUUCCUUCCUCUGCUUCACUAGAGCCUAACUCCUUCGUGAAUCCUGCUGCCAAUUCAUUCCAAGGCAAGGGUCGUGGCGGUUAUGGCUAUACCUCAACCGUUAAAGGCAUUGUCUCCUCCAAGAAGUGUGCGUACUGUCAUCGCGCUGGGCAUACCGUCGAUGUUUGCUGGGGAAAGCACGGUUACCCACCGGGACAUCCACGCUACCCUGGACGCCCUCGUUUCAACAAUCGUAACUCCUCUUCUUCCGCAAACAGUGUUGUCGUUGAUGAAGUGGUGGAAGGCGGUUGCUCUGACCCUGGCACCUCCUCUUCCAACCCUAUCAAUUUAACCCAGGCCCAAUAUCAAUCUCUCAUGGCACUCAUCCAACCUAUGCAGCUGAAAUCAACUUCUGAUAGCACUGGGCCCCAUUCUCCACACCAGACUAACCUUCUCCAUGCCAUCCCAAAUGGCUCAAAAUGUGUCUCUGAGUCUAAUGGAAAGGAGUACAUUGCGGAUGAUUGGUUUGGCUAG